AUGGCCCUUUUCGCCAAACUGGCAACAUAUCCUCCACUGGCCCAGGUUACGGUCGUCCCUCCGACAAGAGACAAAUUCAACUUCACAGUCGUUCUUGAGUCCUCAAAAUCACUGCCGGAAAGGCCGUGGGAGGUUUCAAUAUGGUACGAUCACGCUAGCUACACUGGGACCAAGGCUCCCUGGCACGCACUCGAUCUCAAAUUAGUCGACACCACUCCGGCGGUUCUUUAUGACGAUUCUCAGACGGAUAAUUACCGCUACACAUUUUCUGGAGAUCUCGACAGCCCCUUCGUCUCGGCCGACAGAACUUACAAGGGUCGAAGAGUUCCGUUUACUGUUCGCUAUCGAGUUGAUCCCGAUUCGGAAUGGUCCUGGGUCUAUCACAAUUUCGGCAUCCGCGAUGGUGAACUCAUUCUACAACCUCCCGUUGACCCCACCUUCCUCGGCGCAUCGCCAGUUGAAGUCGGCGAAGGUUGGAUUCUUAGGAAAACCCCAAGCGAUGCGCCAGAAGCGCGUCUCUAUACGAUUGAGUCAGCUCUCCCGAUCCCUUCCCCAACCGAAGGAAAUACCACAAUCGAAUCACUUGUCUUGGGCAGAGUAACUCAACUCUGCCGGUGGUUUGCAUUGGUACGGAUAUGGGAACCAUGGUUUGCCCCGCGGCAUGGCGAGCAUCAACUGCAUCUAUCGGAACCGGCGAUAUUGCUCUCGUUUCUGAGGUGCGAUGGUCUUCAUGUCGUCAUCUUAGCAAUCAACGGAAUCGACGACGUCCUUACUCAGUUCGGGUCAACACGGGAAGGCGAGAUUGUGGUCCAAGCGAGAAAUGAUUCCGGGCGGGAUCGCAAGUUCAAGCUCCUGGCAGCCACGGCGUGGAAAUUCGAAAUCGCAAAUGCUGCCGUCAUGUACGAGAUGCGAAAACUAGUUCGACAGUCAGCAGCCUAUCAGCAAAACCUUGAACGACUGGAGCAGCUGCCAAAGAGUAUCAGGUCGGAGUCGCUUGACUCGGACACUGUUUUGGUCAAUAACAACGAUCCCUCGUCGCGCCAACCACAGGUAAAUCCACAGUGGUUGGCAAGUUGGUACGACAGCCUGGCAUACUGCACAUGGAACUCCCUCGGGCAGGACCUGAACGCCGAAAAGAUUAUGGCAGGGCUGGAUUCGCUUGCGAAACACCAGAUUUACAUCUCAACCUUGAUCAUCGACGACAACUGGCAGUCCCUUGACGGCACUCAAGGGGCGACGGACCAGUUCCAUCGAGGGUGGAAAGACUUCGAGGCCAACCCUCUAGGAUUCCCUGACGGACUCAAAUCUUCGAUAGACAAGAUCAAAGAGACUCAUCCCACGGUACGCGACAUUGCUGUUUGGCACGCCUUGAUGGGAUACUGGGGCGGGAUCUCUCCCGAGGGCGCUAUCGCGAAGAAGUAUAAAACUCUCGAGGUCACAUUCCGUGACGGAACCCCAAUGGCUGGACGUAAGCUCACCAUUCACCCGGACGACAUCUUCAGAAUGUACGACGACUUUUACAGCUUCCUGUCCAAUUCAGGGGUCACUGGCGUCAAGACUGAUGUUCAAUUUUCGCUUGAUCUUCUAGCGAACACAUCUGAUCGACGGUCAUUUACCAACGCCUAUCAGUCUGCCUGGACUCAGGCACAUCUACGCCAUCUUUCUGGAAAAGCUAUCUCAUGCAUGUCGAUGAUUCCACAAAUUCUCUUCCACAGCUUCCUUCCCACGACGACACCAAGAAUUCUCCUUCGCAACAGUGACGAUUUCUUUCCUGAUGUUCCGACAUCCCAUGCUUGGCACGUGUUUGUCAAUGCGCACAAUGCUCUAUUCACCCAGCAUCUGAACAUUCUUCCUGAUUGGGACAUGUUUCAAUCGAGUCAUCCGUACAGUGGUUUCCACGCUGCGGCACGUUGUGUCUCUGGUGGACCUAUCUAUAUCACGGAUACCCCGGGUGAGCACGAUGUGGACUUGAUUCAUCAGAUGACCGCGCUUAAUCCGCAAGGACAGACGGUCAUAUUGCGCCCCAGCUGCGUUGGCAAGACCAUGGGCGUCUACGACAAGUACGACGAGAAGGGAGUACUGAAAAUUGGUGUCUACGACGGCCGGUCCGACGUCGGUUCGGGGAUGUUGGGCGUUUUCAACAUCGCCGAAUCGGAGAUCAGCUUCAUCCUCCCCAUUACAAAGUUCCCAGGCGUGAAUGCACCCGCUUCGGCGGAUGGAGCAACACAGAUUUCAAGUAGAAAAUGGAUCGUCCGCUCACAUAUGUCAAAACGCAUCACCGCUCCAAUUCACCCAUCCGAUCCGAUCCGAGCAGACACCUUGCUUCAGUGCACGUUAGCCCCGCGAGGGUACGACGUUUGGACGUCCCUCCCUGUGCACACGUUUCGUCUCCCAGUCUCGAAUCUGGAAGUCGACGUGGCUGUGCUGGGUCUUCUGGGCAAAUUCACAGGCGCAUGUGCGAUUGUGGAAUCAAGCUUCAACCAUUCUGAGGUUGAUGCCGAUACUACCCCUCAUCGACUCAAGAUACACGUGCAAUUAAAGGCGCUCGGUGUCCUCGGCAUUUGGAUAUCCGACGUCCAGUCUCGGCAGCGCAAGGUGGAAGACAUGAUGGUCAUGGUUCAAGGAAAGGCUGUGCCACAACAUGUCAUUGGAUUUAAUGCAGACCAUGGACCUGAGGGAAGUGGGGUUCUUGAGAUCAACAUUGCCUCAGCAUGGAAGGAGAUGGAGCUAGAGCCUGGGUGGAGCAACGAGGUCGGUGUCGACGUGUUUCUGCAGUGA